GUAAAAUGUUUCAGGUCUUUAAUUAAAUUAGUCGAUUUAUUAUUUAAUGGCAAUUAUAACCUAAUAAUAGCAUGGGAAAUCAGUUAGAAAGGAGAAGUAUAUAUCUUAGAGUUAGAGAUGGAUAUGUUGUUAAUGGUUUAACAGACCUGUGAAACACCUAAAUUUAAUCAGAAGAAUAUAAUGGAGGAAGUAAAUGAAACAGAAUGGGAAACUGUUAAUAUAAAGACACCUCAUCCUUGUGAAAAGAAUAAUGGACAAACUUUAACACGAAUACCAUUAAUAACUAAAUUUGACUUUGCUACAGAGUGUUCUAGUAAAAUGCGAUGGUCAAAUACAAGAAAAGUUUCAAAACUCGGUUUAGCAGCUCGAUCAAUUAAAAAGGCUAAUGCUGUAGAAUUAAAUGGAAAAAUAGCCUUGUCUAAUAAUCCGAAUUCUACUGUAUGUACAGGUGGACUUCCUUUUCAAAAAUCUAUGAUUGCUACUGAGUAUUCACCAAUCAAAAAAUUAGAAGUUUCUUCUCAAAAAGAAAUUUUAGUGUCUUUAACAAAACCUGUUGUUAGUUCUAAGAACUGUGGAUUUGAAUCAUCUGCUUCUAAAGUUAAAAAAUGGCUGGCUUCCACAGAGAAACAUUGCAGAAAAAGAUCAAGUGAUCAUUUUGAAAAAGAUCAACUAAUGGAGGAUUUUUGUGAUCAUAAAAAGGUUACGAGUACAGCUAAUUUAAAAAUAAGCAAAACAAACAUUGAACAGAAUGAAAUAAAAAUAAGCAAAACAAACAUUGAACAGAAUGAAAUAAAAAUAAGCAAAACAAACAUUGAACAGAAUGAAAUAAAACAGCUAAAUGAACCUUCUCCUAUAAUCUCUGAAUUUAAUCAUUAUGUGCAAGAAACAACAUAUGAAAGCGAAAUACUAUCAGAAAUUAGUUGUAAAAAAGAGCAAAACGAAAUAAAACAAAAAGUUAAAACUCAACGCAAGCGAAGAAAGAAAAGGAUUACAAUGAAAAUUACACCUAAAAAAGCAGUAAAGCAAGGUAACAUUAAAAAAGAAUUAUUCGUUAGAAUGAAAGGCAAAAAGCUUGCUGUAGCAGCAAAGCGUCCAUUAAGUGUUGGCAGUCUUGGAGCCAAUCAACCACAUAUGUAUAAUUUGAGAUCAAAAGAUAGAAUGAAUAUAAUUUAUAGAAACUGUGCUGAACAAAUAACUGAAAAUAAAAAGAUUGAAUAUAUUAAAAAAAAGGAAGUAUUUAAUUCAAACGACUUAAUUGUAAAUAAAGAUAUAUGCAAUAAAAAAGUUUCUUGGAAGGAUAAAAAGUCAAAAUAUGAAAACGUUUUUGAUAUUCCAAAAAUUAAUUUGGUAAGCGAUUCACAUUCAAUCUUAUACUCUAAUAAAAUCUACAAAGAUCAGUUAAAUUUACCCGAAACUAUUUACGAAAAAGACUACGAUAACGAUAAUUUAAAUGAAACGCCUGCUUCAUGCAUGAAGAGUUCCAUUAAAUCCACAAACAACAGUAAGCGAAAGCUUUCAUUUUAUGAUCGCGCAGUUAUAUCAUCUGUUGAGACAAUAAAAGAUUCGGAAGUACAUUUUAUAGAAUGCGGCAAAGAUUCAAUCCAAAAUGCUAUUACUACAAACAAACUUGACAUAGACUUUCAAGAUAUCGUCUAUGUAGACGUAAAUGAAAGCCAGUCUGAUGUUUCCUCUUGUUGCUUAUUUGAAAAUGAAUUUUCCUUAGGAAAGAAUGUGUUAAUAAAGUUUAAAGAUGUGCAGUUAGUAAAUAAUACGUCGCACGAAACCAGUGACAGCGAAAUUUCUACAUGUUUUUUAGCGAGUAGUGAAAAUGACUUUUGAUUAAAAACUGAUAUAUUUUUUAAAAAUAACUUUUUUGUUGUUGAAGUUAUAUGAAGAUAUAAAGACUAAAAUAA